AUGGAAGAUAAGUAUGCCAGGCUUGAGCAAGCAAAAGAGAGGAAGCGACAAGCCAAUCUGAGAGCAAAAAGGGAGAUUGCAGAAGCGAAGGAGGCAGUCCUUUGGAAUGGAAGGCCUGGGGCGGAAUUCGGAACUCCGCCGGAAGCCUGGGCGGAAUUUCCGCUGGGUGGGAAGAACCCGGUGAGAGGUUUUUCUGCCCCGGUGAUUGGGGGCCAGGGAGAGUUCGGUUUUCGCAGGGGGCAAGCGGCGCAGCAGGGUGAGGUCAGAAGGCCGGUCCCAGUGCGUUCAGGGCUUUUGCAGCAAUUCGGCUUCCGUCAAGCGGGACCAAGUCACUUCCAAGCCAGGCAGCUUCCCGACGAGAGACCGGCUUUUCAACCUAUCUUUCCCCCGGCAGCUGGAAGAGUCAACCUGGGGCCCCCGGGGUUCAGACACGGUGAGCAACCGCCUCCUCGGAACCUGUCUGCACAGCGCAGUUUCCAUACCCCGGCGGAGCAGCAAUCUGUGUCGUCCCCUGUUACGCACAGAAACCCUCCGCCGGAAACCGGAAGGCAGUCGGCCAUGGCGUCUUCGAGGCCGGUGCGCGCAGCGCUUCCUAAAGAGAGGAAGGAAGAUAAGUCUAGCGAUUCGGGUGAAGAGCUCAGGGCCCGGUUGAAAAACAUAGAGAAGCAGCUGCACGCGAAUAAAGCGAAGACGGCGAUAGAGUCUGAGAUGAAGAAGCUGGCCUCAGCGAUUAACCCAGUCACGAUCAGGGGGCUUCUGCUGCAGCACGAGAUGUACGCAGCAAUCUACGCGGCUGAAAAGAACCAGAAAGGGGGUCUCGCCUUGGCAGGAGAUUUUGGGGUCUUCAUCCGCAACCGGUGCAGGAGAUUGUCCUACAUGGCGGAGGACAUCUGCACGUAUGCCCAGCAGAAAGUGGCAGAGCUCGGCGAAGACGCAACGGACGCGGAAAUAUCGGAGGUGGAUAAGAAGAUUCUACGCUUCUAUCCUGAGAUAAACGGGUCAAGGCGGAGGAGGUGCCACUGGGCAAGCACCCAGAAUGGCUUCGGGACAACAGGCAAAGGGGGCAAGGAGCUGGCAGAGGCAGAGGAGACGGAGAUAGAAAGCCCGGUGGGGGCAACCAAGGCAGACCUGGCUCGCCGCGCAGGAGUGCAUCGCCAGGACGCAAGCGUGGCAGGGACUAGCAAACCCAAGCUGGGGACGCCGGGUAACCAAACGGUUAGCGAAGGUGAAGGGGAUCCCCCGGUUACGGACCAGGCGUGUAAUAAGUCUGCGCAGCCGAUAGCGGAGCCCCCAGUAACCGGAGAACGUGAUCAGGUCGCUAGUAACAGCGAAGAACGGAAAACCUCUGUGGGAGAGCCAGAAGGAGACGUGCGGGAAGAAGAGGAGUCAGAAACCUGUGAGACGGAAGAGCGGGGAGCGGCUGAAGCAAAAGCCCUGGAAGAGUUGGAAGACUCGAUUGAUGAAGCGACAGACCCCCUUCCGGGUGGACCCUGCCAGAUCCCUUUUCAGUAUGACAAACUCAGGGACGUGCUCGUCUUCACGUUUCCUGGAUCUUUCAUGGUCACGGGAGAUCUGAAGUCAGGGUACUUCCAUGUACCGAUCCAUCCUGCGUACUGGAAAUACUUUGGCUUCAAAAUUGGGAAGAAGACCUUCUUCUACAAAGUGCUCUGCUUUGGAUUUGCGCAAGCUUGCUGGGUGUUCACGACUGUGAUGAAGGAACCGAUCGUAGAGCUCAGGCGCCUAGGGAUUCCGUUGUCCGGUUACGUAGACGAUCUCUUCACUGCGGCGGAAACCUUCGGAAAGGCCCUCCGUCAAAUCCUGUUUACACGUUCUCCUGUUCGCAGCUCUGGGGGCCUUCUUCGGCCUUCCCAAAUGCCAGCUGGAACCGCUCCAGGAACUGAAGUGGUUGGGCUUCCCCGUCAACUCAACUUCACAGAAACCUUCUCCCUAACUGAAGCCAGACGGAUUAGAAUCGAGAAGGCCCUCCAGGAGAUAGUAGACCGGAAGCUGACGUCAGCCCGAGCCAUAGCCAAGCUAGCUGGUAUGCUAGCGUCAGCCGCCCCUGCCGUCCUUCCAGUGUCGAUCUAUAGCAGGUCCCUCUAUGAAGCCCUGAGUAACCGGACUGGUUGGGACGCGCUCUUUCCUAACCCGGAAACAGUAGUGCAGACAGCCAAGUUCUGGUUGGAGAACUUGGGAAGCCAAGAGGAAGCGCUGCGAUCUAGCUCGGAAAGAGAAGUAGGCGGUUAUGCAGCUGCCUUGCAAGUUGUGGCGGAGCAAGCUCCAGAAGAGAUCAAGGGACGCUCAGUCUUGGUCAUUGGAGAUAGUCAAGCCGGGGUUAGUGCCUUAACCAAGUGCAGAAGCGCGGCCCCCUUUAUCAAUUCUGCUCUCCAAAAGCUCGUGGAGCUGUCUAGAGCGUACGACUUUGACAUAGCCGCCCGAUGGGUUCCCAGGGAAGAAAUAGAGGAAGCAGAUGCCCUCUCCAGAGAGCCAGACCCCUCUGAUUGGGGCCUCUCCCCGAAGCUCUACAACGAGGUGACUGAGUUCUUCUCAGUCCGGCCUGCCGUCGACCUCUUCGCGUCGAGCCAUCUCCACGUGGCGCCUGUCUUCGUCAGCAAAUACUAUACGCCAGAAUGCUCUGGGAUCCUUGCUCAGUCGUUGGACUGGUCAAGGAUAGUCGCACGAGGACAGUUGUGCAUGGGUGUUUCCUCCGCCAGGCCUGGCAGGGCUCGCCUUGGAUCUCCUCCGGAGAUACAAAACGGAUGCGCUAGUUUGCAUAAGCAUACCUGA